CCUGCUGAACACAGACUGGACAACCGUUGAGUGAGGAGGAGAGCGCGGGCCACUAAAGGGAUGUGACAGACUUUUUCCUCUUCCAAAAAAAACCCAAACUCACCGGGACUUCAAUUCUUUUCUUGCUUUCUCACACCGAUCAUGUCCGAAGGCAUUGUGAGGAAGGUGCAGCCCUUCACCAUCGGGACGAGGCUGUCAGUGCCCGCCGUGCCAAAGUGCGAGGAUUUUACGCAGAGCUACCUGCGGAGCCCGAGUCUGGACAACCGCGCGCUGCAGCGCAACCUCAACUCGCUGUACCUGGGUCGAGCCGCGGUCCGCGCGCACGAGCCGCGCGUCGCGCCGCCCGUCGCCGAGCGGCUGGCGCCCGUCGCCGAGCGGCUGGCACCCGUCGCCGAGCGCAGCCAGGAGCGGCACAUGGCCGCGCAGGACCACCUGAACCAGAACGUCGCCGCCCCCUCCUCCGCCGUCUCCAGGUCCAUCAGGAAGAUCGCCAUCUCCGCGAGGGCGCCGACGCGCUCCGGCGCAGGGUGCACGUCCGAAAACAACAACAACAACAACAACAACAACAACAACAACGUCACGAGCGCCUCAGACCCACUCCUGCCCCGGGUUGUGGGAGUGAGCUGUGAGAAGAAGCCCACUGCUCAGUUCAAGGUUAUACUCAGAAAAGACGGCAGUGCUGAAUCUCAGCCCACACCUGAGAAAUCUGUCCAACAGAUCCCACUGCCUGAAUCACAGAGGAAAGAGCCUCAGAGGAAGGAAAGUCAUCCACGCACACAGGACGAAGCGCCGGCAGCCGCCGCAUCCCAGAGUGACUGCUUCGCUCAGCGCAACUCGCUCUUCAACAGGGAAGUUCUGCAGGCAGAGGCAUGGAUCAAGGGCAAACUGCAGGAUCUGAAGGAUGGCUGUAAUAUUCAGCGCUGCCCCCUGCAGGACUGGGAGGAAGCCUCGCAGACGCUUCAGAGGGACCUCAAAGACUUUGAGAACACACUAAUUCAACUCAACCAGAUGGGUGAGCAGUUGAUCUGCAAGCUGAACCCUACAUCCGACGCGGUGAAGAAGCAGCUCGGCCUGCUCAGGGACCAGUGGCAGACCCUCAAACACACGGCUGCAAAUCAGACGAGGGCCCUCGGGGGAGCCAAGAACCUGCAGGAGUUCAACAAAAAAGUGGACGAGCUGGAGGCGUGGAUUAAAGAGAAGCAGGAAGAGGAGCAGUCUCUGGGGAAUGUCUUGGGGGGAAAUGUUGACAAAAUGCAGCUGACAAGGAGAAUAUUAGAUCUGAAACAGGAUGAGCUGCUGUACAGAAACCUCCACGAGGAGAUCAACCACUUGGCCCUAAAACUGGAGAAACAAGGGAAGACAGAUGGCAAAAACAUCUCCACCCGGAGGAAGCACAUCAAUAAAAUGUGGCUCAAGGUCCAGUCUCAUCUGAAAAACUACCAUGAAAAUCUUCAGCUGGCUCUGGAGGUGUCCUCCUUCUACCAGCAGGCCGAUAACACGCUGGUCGCAAUAAACAAUAUGAGCAAAAGCAUAUGUGCGUCCAAAGAAUGGGACGGCUUCGGAGACAGAGAAAUCCGUGACAUUGCCAGUCAAAUCAUGAUGCUUGACGUGAGCGUGUCCCAGCUGUCGAAUCUCCAUCCUGCCCUGGCCACUGGCGUGACGCAGAAGCAGAGUGAGGUGAAGGACUGCUGGGCAAUUCUUCAUAAAGUUUUCAGGAGUGACAGGACCACACUCUCUCCCACUGGCUCUGCUUUCACCAGGGAAGAUGCUGACCCCCUGACACUGGUGCGUGAACCCCAGGGCAAUGUGGGAACAGAGACACAAAGGAUCAUGGGAAAGGAGGUGAAGGAGGAACAGAAUCGCCUGAAAGGCUGUGUGAGCCCCGAUGAAUGUGAGAGCGGUGGGAGAACGCCGAGCAGCCAAAGCCAGGAACAGCAAUCAGUGAGCCACACCUCUUUUCCCGCGGGAGACGGGCCUGCAUGUGCGAAUGAUGUCAUCGUCAGACAUCGAUUGAAGGCAGAGAGCAGGAGGCCCAGAGCAGAGCCCGAGCUUGCCACUGCCCCUCAAGGCCACCCACAGCUUCACAUGCAGCUUCAGAAGUUCACCGUAUCUGCUGACAAGACUCUGUCCUGGCUGAAAGACAACGUGUCCGUGGCCACACAGGUGUGUUCAGUAGCCAGCUUCGAGGGGCUGGAAGCGGCCAGGAGGUGUCAGCACACUCUGGAACGAGACAUCCUCACCAACAGAGCCAGGAUAGAGGUGGUCAAAAGGGAGGGCCGAGGGCUUGUCCGUGCACAGCACCCCGGCAGCGCCAAGAUCGAGGAGUUCCUCAGCCAGCUGGAAGUCCUGUGGGAAGAACUGCGGAGGAGGCACCAGAGGAACGCUGUGUUUCUGCAGGCCUCAGAGGAGCUUGGCUUUCGGGUUGUAAAAGUGCUGCAGGCCCUGGGCAGCCUUGAGGCCUGGCUAGAGUCCGUGGAGCUUUCCAUGAAGGAAUCGGCGCUCGCCGGUGACCCCGAAACGAUGAGCAUGGCUGAGAGGGAGAGCUGUCUGCUGGAGAAAGAGGUGGCAGCACGCAGCCUGGAGCUCGGUGCUCUGAGGCAAGAGGUGGACGGCCUCCACGGCCACAGUCACCCACUCACACAGAGGCUGCCAGCACGCAUGGCGGAGGUGGAAAGAAAGUACCACUGUGUCCAGAGUGCCCUGACCCAGCAGAGCUCCGAGCUGCAGGACACGCGAAUGCUGACUGAGUUCCUGGAGCGCGUGGAGCUGGAGGAGAGCCAGGAUGGUCUCCAGUACAGCCUGGGACAGCCUCUCCAAAGUGAGAUCUCCGCAGUUCCUACAUUGCUGGAACUCCAAAGCAGUGGUGGGGCUGAGCCCCUGAUGGAGAGCAUGGGGAACCCCGUGGAGGAACUACGAGAGGCUGUAGAGAUGCUGAAUGACACUGUCAGGGAGAGGGGCCGAUCGCAGAGCCAUGACCAGGCCAUCCGGGAGCUGCUGAGCAAGCAUGCCGGCCUUGCAGUGCGCGUGGAGGAGUGCCUAUCCUGCAGCAAGGAGCUCGGCCUGGACGUCCUAGAGAGAGAGACAGACAUGGCCAUCCAGUGUGAGCCCGACCGAUGCGGCCUCGAGUCUCUGCAGGAGAAGCAGGACCACCUGGAGAUUGACUAUGAAGUCAUCAGGGAGGAGGUGAAGGAGAUGGAGGACCUGGCUGCUCGCUUGGAGGAGCUGUGCCCUGAGAGAGUGCACGUACUCGGGGCAAAGAUCCAGGCCACGCUGCAGGCCUGGAGCGAGCUGGGAAAGAGUGUGACGGAGAACAAAUCACGUCUGCAGGAAUUUGUGCAGCUCCAGGACUUCUUCAGGAGCUACCUCGCCAUGAUCUCAUGGACAGAAGACACCAGGUCAUGCAUUUUCUCAGACACCGCCUUGCAUCCCGGGAAAGAUGGGCAGAAGCCGCUGGCUGCAGAGCUGGACAUGCAGAUUGAGCUCAAGUUUGAGGAGUUUGAUGAGCUGGCGGCUGCAGGAAGGCACCUUUUAGACAAAGACCACCACCUCACACAAAUGGUGAGAGAGCGCUUGGAGGAACUGAGGAGUAUGCUUGGGUGGAUCUUGGUGCACUGGAGGGCUCAGAAGCAGCAGUGGCUUCACAAGAAGUGCAGACAGCAGCUUUCACAAGAUAACAUUUAUUGUGAGGCUACAAUGUGCUCCCCAUUCACACAGAGUUCAGCUUCUGAGCUAGACGCCUACCUGUCCCAUCCGUCCCGGCUUUACACCUUGGAAGUAGACAAAUUAAGGGCAGCAGCAGACGGCCGACCCUCGUCUCUCCUGCCCAGACAUGCUGAGCAACAGGAGCAGAGGCAGCCGGAGGAUGGGUAUGAGCUCAUGAACACUAUUGGAGCACAGGGCGGCGAGGCUUCCCCCUCCGAGUCUCCCAGGCCCUCUAUAGUGGUCCUCAAGGAGCCCGGCAGCCCCACUCUUGGGGGCACGGUCAACCUCAUCCUCAGCUUUGGUAACGCUGGCGACAGCCAGGUUCAGGUGCUUGACGCGCCCGCCAGGACGGAUGAGGUAGUGGGGGACACGUCUGAGCCUGUCCACAGGCCCACUGUGCCUCAAUCUUCUGCCUGUAAAAACUUUUGGAGGCGCUGCCAGGGGCUUUUGGAAAAUACUUUGGGUAGUUUAAAGCGAAAGAAAAAGAUUUAUCGGCAGAGUGCAAACGAGGUAAGUACCUACUUGCAUGUCAAGGAUAACAACUUGGCCGCGGCCCCUGUGUAUGAGAGUAUCACCCUGCCCCGCCAAAAGAGCCGCUGCGCAGCCUCGGCCUCUCCUACUUUCUUGCCGUCCUCGUCCUCCUCGCCAUCUUCCUCUGCGUCCGCACCUCAGGCGACCAACGUCACCUUCAACCCUCUGAUGGGGAGUGGCGGCGGCGGCGGCGGCGGCGGCGGCGGCGGCGGCUCCAUCUUCUGCAGCCUCAAGAGAAUGGGCAUGAAGAGAAAGAGAAAGAGAGACGCUCGCAGACACACCAUCCAGAAAAUCAUGGGGCUGGAAUCGCAAUCAGAAGGGAUGCCCCCUUAUGCAUGUGAGACGAUCACAUAUGACACACACACGUGGCCGCUGAAGGAAAGCCGGAGGAAGAAGAGUUCACCAAAGAGCCCAGCCAGCGGGGAUGGAGAAGAGGCAAUAGACUAUAUGAAGAAUCCCUUGUUGUGGGACAUUGAUACAGAGUGUUCAGGAGAAUACAGCACUAUUCCUUAUGCUGUGUCAGAGGGGCCAACCACGCUACCCUCCCCCGGUCAGGUGAGAAGCCACUGCAGGUUCCUCUCUUUGGGCUCUGUGCUGAGCUUUGACCUGCCCAAGGACAUGACUCUCAUCCCCAGCAUUCAGGACAUCAUUACUAUCGCCCCCCCGGAGUCCAAAACAGGAGCAGGGGCUGAUCCGGACCCCCACUCUCAGAGACACUCAGCACUGAGCUCUUUCAAACAGACUCGACCCGCCCCUGCCAUCACACACAGCUCAUCGGAUGUCAGCCUAACUGACACGCAGGCUUCGGCAGCUGUAGUGAGAUCUCUGCCUGACGUGGACAAGAGUUCCCAACCACCUCCUCCUCUUUCCCCGGGAGAAGAGGAGGAUCAGACUGCUCCGUACAACAGCCAAUCUAAAGCCCACUUCUGUCUGUGCAAUGCUGCGGAGCGGGAGUUGGACAAAACAUCAUCACUGGUUAAAACUAGUACAGAUGACAGGGAUGGGGUCAGCCAGCCCUCCGAGCUCCCUAUCUAUGUGAACCAAGCCCAAAGCACAGUUGGACAUAAACACGUGUGCCCUAGUGUCCACACGCUCAUUCGAGACCUGAAUGGGCACCUGUACCACAAAGGUGCAAGACCCCAUAGUAUGCAGGAAGAGGGCCCUGGGCUUCAGUGCCUGAGCCAAGCUUCUCACAUGGUGGUGAAUUUGAAGUCAACGGUGAGCGUGAGCGUUCGUCAGGACUCGGUGGACUCCGGGAUCUCCACUUCCAGCAGCAUCAAGGUUUGCUCCGAUGCACCGUGUCCAGAUGUCCCGCUGCCUAAGGGGAUAGUGGGGAGGCUCAUGUCCGUUGAGGUGGGAGGAAUAGACUGCACCAAGACGAGAGAGAGCUAUGCCACAUCUUCAGGCCCAUCUGCAGACACUGCAGAGCUGCAAACAGAGCCCGUCCACCUCGACCACCAGCAGUUUGAGGAGGAGGAGGAAGAGCUAGAGGACAUCUGGAAUCAGACUACUAACUACAGACAGAGCAUCUGCUCAGACAUCAUGUACCAGCCCAGCCAGGAAGACGCUGUUCCCUCAGACCAACCCAAAGUGCCUCAUUCUCGCUCCCCUUCACCCAAGACCCCGGACGUGCUUUACCGGAAGCUGGUCACCGCCUCUGCUCCCAACCUCCUUGUGGCCGAGUUCCGACUGCCGUCGCACAUUCAGAGCUUGCUGGGUUACGACAAGGGUCCCAGAGGUCGCCCCCCUCCACUGGCUGCAGGGGACAGGAGGUCCUGGGCAGCGUUUCCAGACAGGGACCCGGCCAGCAAGACGACAGUGACGGUGAACGAGACGGCGUCCGAUCCGGUGAAGCUGCCGGAUGUGGCCGACAAUCAGAGAUACAUUUAUCAAUACAGAGAGGAUGAGGAGGAGGAGGCAAAGGUGAGGGGGGAGGUGGAUGAGCACACAGGCGGUUCGAAGGACCAGUCGAUGAGUCUUCUGUCGGUCCACAUGGAUCUGGACGAGGCCUGUCAGCAGAGAAAAGCCCUGCAAAGUCUGGAGGAUGCGGAGAUGCGAGAAGAGCUGAUGGCCACAGGAGGGCGCUGUUUCACCCUGAAUGGAAAUCCCGACCUGCAGUCGAUGGAGGGAACGCUCGAGAGGAAGCACAAGCUGCAGCUGGGAGGGAAGAAAGCGUCUUCCAGAGGCUGGAACUCCUACCAUGCCGUCUUACACAGACACACCGUGUGUUUCUACCAGGAUAGGAAGGAUAUUCUGAGGAGUUCUGCGUGUGGCCUGCCGCUGAACCUCCUGGGAGCUGAGUGUUCAGCUGCACCAGAGUACACCAAGAAACCCAACUGCUUUCGACUACAGCUCCGCGAUGGGUCUGAAUACCUGCUCAAUGCCCCCUCACGCUUCAUGAUGAAGAAAUGGAUGAUGAAAAUACAAGCAAACACAGGUCAGAGUGAGACUGUGUCUUCAAUGUCAAAUGUCCUCCUGGAUCAAGGCCUCCCCGUUUCCUUAAAUCCCUCACGCUGCUCUGGUUGUCACGGUCAGGCCACAUGCCACUGCUCCUCCCUACAUGACGUCACUUCAACGUUCCCCAGGCGCAAACCGCCGGGCGCCGCCCAAACCAAAGAGAUCGUCGUCCUCACCAGAGAGUUCAGUCAAAUGCCACAGAGUCACUUGAGGAGUUUGGAUGAGCACUCGGUUAUCUCGUCCUCACCCGGGGGCCGCUGUGAUGACGACGAAGGCAGUGCAAAGCAGACAAUGAUUCACCGACUGUCAGGAGCAUCCAGCGACAACACCUCUCCCCCCCCACACUCCUCUUUAUUCGGCGGCCAGGAAUGGCUGAGCAACAAGCGUCGCUCCCACUCCUUCACAUCUGCUACUUACCAGAAGAUCAAGCCCAUGUUGCACCCCCCCAGAGGCCUUGAAAGAGGCUCCAACUACUGUGUGACCCUGGUGGUUGGAGACAAGUCAUCAGACAGCACGUCCACAAGCAGGAGCUCGGAGCCUCCCCUGCUGGCGGUGGCUGGAUGGCAGCAGGACGCCCAUCAGGACUCGGCUCUGAGGAGCUUCGCCAGCCUGCCACGACCUCGAAACAAAUCCGUCUUCAAGAAGUUCUUUGGGAAAAGGGACCUCUGAGUAUUUUGUUUUUUUUAAAUGAGGAUUCUACUAAUAAAGGGCUUUUCCAAUUACUUUCUGAUGUGCGGUGCACAUGCUGUAUUAUGCAAAGAGAACACUACUACUGACUAUAUUUAUGAUUGGAAGAGCUACCGUGGUUUUAUUUUUGAUGUGCUUUUUUUAAUAGGUCCUUUUUAUGAGUAUUUAUAUACGCUCUUCUUUACCGCUCUCUCUCAGUUGAAAGUAACAAUAUUGUGUGUGUGUACUGCGAAGUUUGCAGAUUAGUUGAUUGAAAAACACAUUUCCCCCGACAGUCUUAUUUUGUAUUCUUAUUUGUAUUUUUUUUGUCUUUUUGGAUUGUGGUGUUAUUAGGUUAUGAGUCAGUGUAUACAGUAAACCUUGCUCAGCAGAGUUGAAUGGUCCCAGCGAUAUCAGCAUGACUAAGUUAUGAACAAAUAUUAACAAUAUACUAAACUCAUAACGCUUACUGCACCAGAUCGUGUCAGCUCCCCUCCUUCCCAUGGGCCUACUUAUACAAAAAGCAGUUUGAUACUGCUCGAGCUUGCUUGAUUCAUUUAAGGACUGAUUGUAGCAAAGACGAUUCAUAAUAAAACAUUAAAACCAA